ACACCCUCACUGCUGUGGUACCUCCUACACCACACACACACUCUCUCACUCUGUGCACACCCCCACUACUCCUGUAUCGCUCUCUCACCCUCACUGCAGUGGUACCUCUCUCAUCACACACACGCACACUCUCUCACCACACAUCACACUCACUGCUCCUGUGCCCAUCUCACCACAUCUCACUGCAGACACCCUCACUCUCCCUCUCUCCCUGUCUCCCUGCCAGCUCACCUCUGGGUGAAGAAUUGCCGUGAACUCUUACCCUCCUCUUCCCGCCCCUCUCGCUUCGAUCAGCCAAUCCAGGCCUCGCAGUGGCUUCGCAACUUCCGGGUCACCAACGAGCGCUUCCUGUCGCAGAUCAAGACGACUCGGCAGUACGUGUGGAGUAAGAGGGAGAGCACCGACGCCGGCCGGCCACUAGGGGAGCUGGUGGACCAGGGCCUGACUCGCGUCAAGAGCAGCAGCGACGUGGCCUCUGCCCUGAUGAGGGAGCUGCGCGGCCAGUGUGGGGGCGGGGCGUUCCGGCUGGCGGUGGCGGUGGACGGGGUCAACGCGCUCUGGGGCCGCACCGCGCUGCGCAAGGAGGACAAGAGCCCGGUACGCGUGCCAGUGUCCGUGUACAGCCAGAAGGAGUUCGAGAGCUGCUAUCAGUACUACCUCGACCGGCGCUGGUUACAGCACCCACACAGCCGCACAGAGGAGGGCAAGAACGAGCUGAUUUUCCUCUCCAGCAGGAACCCCUCGGUGCUGGAGAGGCUCUGUGGCUUCCUGUGACGUCUCUGACCGUUUGGCGCUGUGUUGUAUCUGAAUGACUUUGUAAUAAAAUGUUUAAAAGCCA